GAGGCGUGGCCUAUGAGUGGAGGUCGGUCGCAGCGAACAUGGAGGUUUAGUUGUUGGCUGAUGUCUGCUUGAGCAGGAGGCCUCACUGAACGAGCCACUUUUCCUUUGUUAUACUUUGUUUUUUCCGCCUCCGUUCGACAUGGAGAUGAAGAAGAGGAUCAGCCUGGAGCUGAGGAACAGAAACCCCGCCGAGGUGGCAGAGCUGGUGGUGGAUAACUGUCGCUCAGGGGAUGGAGAGGUGGAGGGUCUGACAGAGGAGUACACGGAGCUGGAGAUCCUCAGCAUGGUCAACGUCGGCCUCAGCUCACUGGCCAAACUGCCAUCACUGCCCAAACUACGCAAGCUGGAGGUCAGUGAUAACACCAUCACCGGAGGUUUGGACACGCUGGCAGAGAAAUGUCCAAACCUGACGUACCUGAACCUGAGCGGAAACAAGAUCAAAGAGCUGAGCAGCAUCGAGGCGCUGCAAAACCUGAAGAACCUGAAGAGUUUGGACCUGUACAGCUGUGAGAUCACCUCGCUGGACGACUACAGGGAGAGCGUGUUCGAGCUGCUGCCUCAGCUCACCUACCUGGACGGAUACGACCAGGAGGACAACGAGGUGCCCGACUCUGAGGCCGACAAUGACGAUGACGAUGAAGGAGGUCCACAUGGAGACCUUGAUGAUGAUGAGGACGAUGAGGAGGAUGAGGACGACGAGGAAGGCUCCGACGGAGACGAGGACGAGGUCGGCCUGUCGUACCUGAUGAAGGAGGGAAUCCAGGAUGAAGAGGACGACGGUGACUACGUGGAGGAGGAGGAGGACGAUGAGGAGGAAGAGGAGGAUGGAGACGACGACGGAGCUGCUGUUCAAGGGGAGAAGAGGAAGAGAGAUGCCGAGGACGACGGUGAAGACGACGAUGACGAAUAGUUGGACGCCUUCACCUGCCGUUCCGCCUGACCCCGCCCACUGCCUGGCCCCGCCCCCUCCAGUGACCUCUGACCCCUGCGGGCCUCUGAGCUGCAGACUGACAGGAGGCUCAGCUGAGAUCAGGUUCAGGAUCACUCACCUGUGUUUACCUGCUCGUGGCUGAUGAUGCCAUCGUUACCUCGGUGAUGUCAUCGGCUCACAAGCAGGAAACCAAUCAAAAAGCCUGAUUGGUCUUUUAAAAGUUUGAACAGAAACACGCUGCAUUAAUCUAAAUGUAGAUUUUCAGCGCUGCCAUUUUCUCACUUUCAGGUAACAAAUGCAUCAUUUAGUAGUUUAUUGGUCUGAUGUUGAUCAAGGCUUGAAGAGGUGCAUUUUUCCCCGACAUGUCCAUUAACCUCACGGUUUACGUCUGUAAAAAUCAAACCUCAUUUGAAUUUAAUCUCAUCCUGAUUGAAGUGACUCCUGCUCUGCUCCAGAGACCCUACAACACUUUUACAAUUACUAAUUUGUUUUCAGAAUGACACGUCACAGUUCACACUUUUUACUGAUCCGUCCUAAGCCUCUAAACUCUCAUCAGUCAUUUUAACUCACUGUGGUUCAUUUUUCAAUCUAAAGUCCCGCAGUGGAAACAGAACAACGUGAAGAAGGAGAGAGAACUCAGAAAUGUCUUCUUUUAGUAGAAAAGAAAAAUAAACAUUUCUUUGAGUAAUUUCAUAAAACUGAAAAAUCCAGGAACCAUCAUGUUUCCUCAGAUGAUAAAACUCUAGGACUGAUAUGAUCUCCUCAUACUGUAGAUGUUAAAUUGUCUCCAUGUCUCCUCUCUGGACUUUUUCUGUCUCCUCUGCUCAUCACUCAUCAGCAGUAGAAAGAUGUUUCACCAUGCAGAAUGCUGCAUGUCUCUUCAAACAGCUUACUCCUCUGUUCACUGUUUCUGAGCCACACUGCUUUUAUUUCAUUGAUCCAGUUCACCUGAAACCUGUGGAUUUUUCAUUCUGUCAUGGAAAUUCAUUUGCAACCAGGAGUAAAGAAUUUCUUCUUUUUUCUUUUUUUUUUUUACAAAAUCUGACUAUAGCAAAGAUUUUAUUUUUGGAAAAAAUUUUAAAUGACACAUACAGAAUAAAGUGAUAUUAGUGAAAUAUCGUGAUUUUUACACUCAGAUUUGGUAUUUUUUCUGACAAAGCAGCGCAAUACAGAUGACUGCUUCAAGUUGGACUUUUUGAAAGUUGAUUCUUUCUGAUUUUUAUCACUGGUGAUGUUUUAGGAGUUUUUAAAAAAUCAGACCUGUUUCAAACCUGCCGGCAGGUUUUGAGGUUCAGACGUUUAAUUACUUAAUAGUUAAAUGUUUUGCUCACAAAUAGUGAAAACUGUUUUUGUUGCUGUGCUUAAAGAAAAACAUGUUUGAUUUAGUUAAACAGUAGAUUCUGUUAAAUGCAGCGAGUUUCUGUUUGAUCUUUCAGUUUAUUGAUCAUUGCUUGGAGCUGAUCAGGUUUCACUGUGAUCAAACUGAUUUCCAGAUGUUUGAUCAGGUUCUCCAGUGAAACCAGAUCAGCUUUUCCUGACUUCUUCUGUUUCUCCUGAUCCUGAACUCGGCUUCUGUUCAAACUUUCUUCUCUUCAGUCUGCUCUGACUGAAUACUACAUUACCCAUGAGUCUCAGCAGCUGUCACCAUGGAGACACUUCCAUUCAACGCUGUGACAUCAGAACUAUCGCAGCUGCUGAUUGGUUCAAAAGUUAAUCCAGUUAAUCUCUGAUUUGAUGUUUCUCAAAGCAGAUGCAUUCUGGGACUCAUCGUCGACUCAGGUGUGUUUGAACUGUUAAUGCAUUAACCCCGCCUCCUCUCACCUGGCACCUGUCCGUCUGCAGCUCAGUGACCUUCCAGCUCCUCCCUGUGGGUCUCGGGUCCUUGUAAAUAGAAGUGAACUGGUCUGUGUAGGUUUUGUGGUGUCGUCUCUUUGACCCUGACUUGUCGUGUUGAGUUUGGAAACGUGAAGUCGGAGUCGACUCUACUCGUCUCUGACUUAAUUUUAUUUUUUUAUUCCUGUCUGCUGAUCGUGUUGCUGUAACCGCCGUGUUUUCGAAUAAAACAACUGAAUUCUC